CCGCAGCGUCGUCUUGGAGUGGCAGUACUCCCAGCCAACGGCAGUGCGCUUGCGCAGCUGGCAGCGUCGUGGGGGCGGGGCGGGCGACGCCAGGAGAACACAGCGGAAGAAAAUGGCGGCCGUGGCUGCAGAGCCAGGAGCUGCAGCGGUUCCGACAACAACAAUAACCCCGGCGACGGACGACGAGGGCUCGGCCGAACCGGGCCGGACCGAGCCGGACCACCCCGCCGUGGGAGGGGGCGAGCUGGACGGGGCAGCAGCGGAGAUCCCCCGGGGGGAGGGUGAAGCAGACGCGGAGCAGCGCCGCCAUGUCAGGCCGGAGUCCGCGGCGGGAAAACACACCGAGGACCUGAUGCAGGACCUGAUCCAGACCUUCCCCACGGAGCUGGUCAGCCUGGACCGGUUCUCCCCCGGGGUCCCGGCCGACCCCCAGCUGCACAGCCCACAGUCCCCCGCCGUGUUCCUGCACUCGCUCCCGGCCGCGGAGCCCGCCGCGGAGGCCGGGCACCCGGAGCCGAGGCCCGGGACGGGGCUGUCCCUGCAGGAACCGGCGGGGCCGACGGACACCCCGGUGCACCUGGAGCCCUGUAACCUUGACUCUGAGAACCCGAACCCGGAGCUCGGGCUGCAGGAUCUGAGUCCCGGAUCAGAGGUCCGGGUCUCCCUGGAUCACGUCAUCGAUGACGCGCUGGUGGUGUCGUUCCGGAGGGGGGAGAAGGUGUUUUCCGGAGUCCUGAUGGACGUCUCCAGGAGGUUUGGACCGUAUGGUAUCCCCAUCACCGUGUUUCCCCGGCGUGAUGACGGGCGCUGCCCACCGAUGGCGCUGCCUCCGCUAGGCGACAUCGACCCGUCCAUCAAACAGGAAGUGGUCAGCGCGUCCCCGCCCCCGCAGCCCUGGACGUCUAAACCUCCGCCGCUGUUCCAGGAGGGGGCGCCCUACCCCCCCCCCCUGUUCCUGCGGGACACGUACCACCAGGCCGUCCCGCAGCCGCUGCCGCGCAAGAUCAAGCGUCCGAAGCGGCGCUACCGCUGCGAGGAGCCGACCUCCAUUAUGAACGCCAUCAAGCUCCGCCCCCGCCAGGUGCUCUGUGACAAGUGCAAGGCCGCGGUGGCGCCCGGCGCCCACCGGGAGGCGCGGCGAGGGGAGGAUGCGCUUCGGCGCCGCCGAGCGGCCGAGGCGCCGCUGAACUCUGAGCUCAAACGGCUGAGAAGUGACGACCGGGGCGGGCGUCCGGCGGUGGACAGACGCCCGUCGUCAGGGAUACGUGUGACAUCAUCGUCCUCCCCCCGCCGCGUCUUGAGGGGCGUGGCCUCGUCCUCGCCGGCACCGUCCGGCCGACUCUGUUUGAAGCUCGGUGCCCAGAAGGUUCUGGAGAACCAGCGCUCCAACGCUCGCCACCGCCUCAGCAAGCUGCCGGCCGCCGCCCCAACGAUACCGCCGCCGGCGCGCCGGCCUAGGGACCCGGCCCCCCCGGCCCAGACCCAGACCCAGAUUCCGGGUCCUGACGGCGGUCGGGCGGUAACCCGCGCCGCAGCCCUGCAGAGCCGCCACCAGAAGGUCCACUUCACUCGCCGCCUGCAGGCGGCGGCGCCCACCGGCUCGCCGCUGCCUCCUCGAAUGCGCCUGAAACCUCAAAGGUAUCGAACCGACGACAGCCAGGCGCCCCCCCCCUCGCCCUCGCCCUCCCCCCCCAAACACAGCGCUCGCAGCUCGCCUUCCAAACCCGCUGUAAGCCCUGCCCCCUCAGCCACUUUGAACCCUGACCCCCCCUCAACCCCACCCGCUCCUCUGAGAACCACCUCCUGUGUUUCCGUGGAGACACAGGAGGGCCCGCCCCCUCAGGACGAUGCGGAGCGAGAGGCGGAGUCUCCUCCCCCGUGCUCCGUCCAAUCAGAGAGCAGCUCAGAGACCUUUGGCCCCGCCCCUCCUGGAGACCAACCCUCGCCCACCACCCCGCCCCCCUCCUCUCCGCCCCCCACCGGCGAGGACGAGGAGGAGGAGAAGGAGGAGAAGCGGCGCCGUAAGUCUUCUUCUUCUUCGUCCUCCUCCUCCUCCUCGUCCUCCCGGUCCUCCGUGUUCUCCAAGUCGGUGUCGAAGGCGGCGCUGCCAGACGGCCGCACCGUGUGCGCCGGCGACAUUGUGUGGGCCAAGAUCUACGGCUUCCCGUGGUGGCCGGCGCGCGUGCUGGGCAUCACGGUGUCGCGGCGCGGCACGGCGGCGUUAGCGGUGCAGGAGGCGCGGGUGUCGUGGUUUGGCUCGCCCACCACGUCCUUCCUGCCGCUCGCCCAGCUGGCGCCGUUCCUGGAGAGCUUCCAGUCGCGCUUCGACCGCAAGAGGAAGGGGCCGUACCGCCGCGCCAUCGCCGAGGCCGCCAGCGCCGCCAAGCAGCUCACGCCCGAGGUCCGAGCGCUGCUCACGCAGUUUGAGACGUAGCACUGGCCCCUCAGACCCCCCCGAACAGACCACGCCCCAGCAGAUGCCCCGCCCCCUCAGAACAGACCACACCAAGCAGAUUCACCGCCCCCAGAACCCUUCAAACAGACCACGCCCCCAGCAGAUGCCCUGCCCUAUCAGACCCCUCUCAGACCACGCCCCCAGCAUAUGCCCCGCCCCUUUAGACUGGUUCCUGUUUGAGACUGACACACAAACGCUGCUUUCUGUUUUUCUUGUUUAGACUGUGGGCGGGGCUUCAGAUGGGCAGUGGGUCGGGCUUCUCUUUGCAGGCCCCUCCCCCUGUCUUCACAGAGGUCCUCAGUUUCAGUGUCACACCCUGAUGGCCCCGCCAUGACGGUGUCUGCCGUCGCCAUGGUGGUGUGAUCUCCGCCGGCGGUCAGCCUUUUAAGGGGUAAAUGAUGUCACAGUGAUGUCAUCAGACUACAGUGUGUAUCAGGCAGGGGGGCUCUCUCCUGGUGCAUCAUGGGAAAUGUAGGAUCAGACCAGCGUUUCUGGACUAAAAGUCUGUUCUGUUUCUUUGAGAGUAAGAUCCAGCCUGCUGAUUGGCUGACUAAUACAUCACGAUGAUGAAACACUAAUUAAGAUCCAGAAGCUAAGCUAACCGUUGCCGUAGCGAUCCGUUGAUCCGUUCUCAGCGCCCCGGCAGCGGUGGCGUGAAACGCGUGUCACUUCCUGUUGCGCUGCCUCCUCCCAGUUCCACUGACAGUUUAGUUUCCGUUCACAAAACUGUGAAACGAAAUGUUGUCCAAACUGAGGCCGGGGUUCCAAACAUGGGCCAGAGCAGAGCCGCAGGGGGCCACAGCGGAUCAGCUGAUGCGUCACGUGUUCCCUUAUUGGUCCUCGUAGUUUGAUCCUCAGAGCCAAUCACAUCUGAUCAGAAUAAAAAUGUAUUAUUAAUUUGAACCCUUGUGUCGUCCUCCCAGGUUAAAAUGAAAAUUAACAAUUCGUUGACGCUUUUUUCAACAUUUUCUUCAUUUUUGUACCUCUACCAUCAGUCUGCGUCCCUCUAACACGACACAUCACCCCAGGUUUACAGGUCUCUACCGUCAGUCUGCGUCCCUCUAACACGACACAUCACCCCAGGUUUACAGGUCUCUACCGUCAGUCUGCGUCCCUCUAACACGACACAUCACCACAGGUUUACACGGUUAUUUUUUCAAAUUCAUGGUCAAGAAUCCUCGUUUAUAUGAAAUUAGAUAAUUUUUUUGUCUAGUGUCAAAAACACCCGAAAUUCAGUAAAGUAGUAAGCUGAUCCUUCAGCGUUACAUGGAACCAGCCGUGGAAUAUUUGGACAAUUUGGAUGAAAGAAUCCCAGAUUCCUGAUGUAGAGACUUUUAAACCGGGUCAGAUUUAACCCGGGAACACAGCAGGGUUAAAGACGUCUUACUCGCUCCGUGGUUGGUCCCCGAGCCUCAGUUCAGACAUGAUGAUGAUGGUGGUGGUGGUGAUGAUGAUGGGGAUGAUGAUGAAGGUAUUGUAGUUCCAGACUCUUUUUACCGUCUGUUUGCAGAUCAGAGAUCCUGAACUAAGACCUGUUGGGACAAAAUAACGGAAACACAACAAUCUGAAUCUGAGAUGCGACUGUAUGUUUUUUCCUUCUCUCUGAUGUUUUGAAUCUAUUAAAAAACUGUCAAACUUCUCA